AUGUUGUUACAUCGGGUGCCAGUGGCAGAUGUUUCGGAGUCACCGAGAUCGGAAUCCUCAUUUUACCGAUCCUCACGGAGCCGUCCGGUAUCGCCAGUGGACAGGAGCAAUACACCAUGUAUUCAAGACGCACGGCUGCCUACCUCUACACUACCACGACACGAGAAAGUAGUCGCCUCGUCAAACGGAAUUACCGUUUCGAUAUCUCUGGCUGAACCGGUACUGUUUCUUGAGGGAUUUGACCGUAAUGAUAUGGACACAAGGAAGACUUCGAUUCUUAGAGGGACAUUACAUUUAAGUUUAUCAAAGUCCGCAAAGAUUAAAAAGAUAUCUUUGAAUUUUAAGGGAUUGGGGCAGACAUACUGGCCCGAGGGUACAUAUCAUUUGCCAUAUCUUGAAAAAAACCUCUUGGAGAUCGAGGCUAAUUCUCUUAUCCUAGGCUUACCAUACAAGAAAAACCAGUUCCACGAGCAACACGUAAUACUAAAUCAUACAUGGAUGUUAUUCAAUGCACAACUCCCUAAUGCGGAAUAUAGCAAUGGGGCGGACUAUGCGCAGUUGAAGGCGGCAGCGGUGUCGACGAAGGAGUUGGCGUUUGCAAUCGAUUUGCUCCCAAAAUGCAGUCAGACAUCUCUAGCGAGCUCGCCAAAGGAUGUCAAACGUUUAUCUCUCCGAGCGAAUUAUUCACGGAGUUUUGGCAAAGGCGAAACCUCGCACGGUGGACCAAGUGUAGCAUCGAGAGGCUACAAGCUCUUCCAUCCCGGUGACUACUGGUACAAUUUUGAGCUUCCGAUCUCCUCGCGGUAUUCCGAAACUAUCAAUUCGAGCGCGGGCUGGGUAAGGUACGCAUUAGAGGCAAGCGUUGAACGAUCGGGAGCAUUCCGCCCCAAUCUCCUUGGGCACAGGGAGGUCCCUUUUAUCCGCACGCCUGCCGAAGGCUCCCUGGAGCAUGUCGAGCCCAUCGCCAUUUCGCGGACAUGGGAUGACCAGUUACACUACGACAUCAUCAUUUCCGGCAAAUCUUUCCCGCUUGGCUCGCAGGUGCCCAUUGCCUUUAAAUUUACACCCCUGGCGAAGGUGUCGUGCCAUCGCAUCAAGGUUUAUGUGACGGAAAGCACACAGGUUGUGACCAAUAACAAGGAGUAUCAUAGACUUGAGGCGAGCAAGAAGGUUCUGCUUUUCGAGAAGCGUGCGGCUGCGCGAAGCUCAAGUACGUUCCCUGGCAGUGUUUGCAGAGUAACUGCUGGUGGAGGUGUUGCGCACGAUGCUCGAAGGCAGGCAGCUGAGGGGAUAGAGUAUGUAAAUCCCCGGAGUUCGAAUCUUCUGGGGGAUCUGGAAACGGACUUCGGGGUGGGCCCAACAGAGAUGGAGUUCAGCGUGCAGCUUCCUACCUGUGGUGAGCUUAAGAAAAAGGACACCAGCCGCGCGUUACAUUUUGACACUACGCAUGAGCAACUACAAAUAAACCAUUGGAUAAAGAUCGUCCUCCGCCUCUCCCGCCCAGACGAAAAGGACCCUACCAAACGGCGCCAUUUCGAAAUCUCCAUCGACUCCCCGCUUCACAUCAUGUCCUGCCUCGCUGCACAAUCAAACCUCUACCUACCAGCCUAUUCCUCCCCAUGCGAACCCACAGCUCAGUAUUUAUGCCAACCCCAAUCCCAAAACAUGUACUGCGGCUGCAAACUCGCCACGAGGGAUUACGACAGCAGCCGAAACAACACCAGCAACAUACCCCCCUCAACGCGAAACGCCCCUCACGUUUCCGACAUCGACUGCACAAAAACUAACGCCAGCACCAGCACCAGCACCAGCGCCUCCACCCCCUCUUCCUCCAUACCCACCCGCCCACCAGCAGCGCACAUCGCCGUCUCCCCUGAACCACCACGUCCCAUCCACCUCCUUCGCGCCCCGUCCUUCGGCCCGCCCUCCUUCGAAGAACUGCCCCCACCACCUCCACCCCUCCCUACCCCGCCGCCAGAUUAUACCUCCAUCGUCCCCGACGAUGACCCGCGUGCCGGGCUGGAUGAUUACUUUGAGCGGCUGCAGGUUGCGGAGCGGGAGUACGAGGAGGGCAUGCGGGGGAGGUCGUUGAUGAAUGUGCCAUUGACGCCUGGGGGGAGGGUGCAUCGCAGUAUGGAUGUGCCGAGGGAGUGGGUUAGAGUUGGGGAUGGUGGAGAGGUGGACGGGAGGGAAGGGGGUGGGUAA